AUGCUGCCAACUCCUCUCCCCAUUCCUUUCUACCCUCCCACAACAGUCCUCAAACCGCAGGAGAGCCAGCACAUCUCACUCAUGUACGAUGACCAGUACUCUCAGUGGAUGCAGACCAUCCACUUCUUCCUCACCCGCUCAGGCCUCUACUCCCUUGACCUCCGCUUCUCUGACCCCGAUAUACUUCACACCCCCUCCCUCACCGCCUACAUCGCUCGCUGCAGCUCCUCUCUCUCGUCCCUCCGCCUGGAGCUUCAAAGCAAAGAAUUUUUUUUCAUGAAGAAUGUAGACUUCAAGAAUGUGAAUUUCCAUUUUCUCCAGUCCAUCACUCCGCAGCUGCACGAGUUCACGCUCCACGAGGAGAAAGAGUUGAGUCUUGGUCCUCGCCUUGCCUCGCGCACUCUCGCCUUUUCCUUCCCCAACGCCCGCCUCCUCCGCUUCCGCUUUCCUUGUAAGGAGCUCAAGCUCACCCUAACCGUCUCCCCUACGCUCAAGACUCUAUCGGUGAUGGCCAAGUGGCUCGUCCUCUCCUGCAAGAGCACCGCCCCUCUCGCUCUCCACCACCUCUCGCUUGCUGGUGAGUGGUACGAGCAGGCACGGGCACGCUACCGUGUGCAUUUGGAAAGCAUGCACAGGCUGCAGCUUAAUCAGAACAUGUUUGCCAAGCCGCCUUCCAUCGGCGCUCCGAAUCUGCAAUUCCUCUCCUUCCCUUCUAGCAAGGCAUGCGACACACCCGCACUGGCUGCACUGCAGCAGGACUACCCCGCCCUGGCGCUCUACUGUGUGGUGGACCGCUCCUUCUACUGGCACAGAAAGGGCGAGCAUGUGAGCAAUGGGCCACUGGAGAUUGUGAGGAGGGAGAAGAGUGGGGUGUUGUGGGAUGACGAUGUUGGUAAGAAGCGGGCCAAGAAUGUGAGGGAGAAGAUGCACAGUGUGAAUAAGAAGCUGGUGGAGGGGUACACAAUUGAUGAGGAUGAGCUUUACGUGCUCCGGCAUAAGGAACGCUUUUAG